AUGCUAAGUGGUGUUUGGUGUGAUGUGGAUGUUAUGGAGUUUUCCUAUUGUGGAGCACUUGCAUCAACUCCUAAAGAGCAAUUAUAUAUAGAGCUCGCUGAUGGCUUAAGGGGAAGCGAUUCCUGUAUUGGCUUUGGUUCUCAGGUUGCAAUCCAAGAGACCUCUGGAACCUUGGGGGCUAUUGUAAAAAGUCGAAUUGGAAAUCAAGAAGUUGGUUUUCUAAUGAAUCGACAUGUCACUAUUGAUUUGGACUAUCCAAAUAAAAAAUGUUUCAUCCGUUACUGCCAAGCCUUGGACUUAGUGAACAAACCCAGCAUAUUCUUAAUUGAUGUUACUUGCAGGGGAGCAAUUGGGCAGCCGAGAAUAUUGGUUCCUGUCAUAUUAGUCAUGGUUUAUAACGGCUUGAAUUCAUAUAUGGAUCCAACAAGAAAUGAGGUGCCCAAUGAGCAGACGCCUAAAGUUGGGGGUGAAAAUGUUAAGUCUGUGGGACUCGGAAAAGCCCUUGCUAGGAUGAUAAUUGUUUAUGAGCUACCGUUCAAGUUUGUUAAGGGGGAGGGAUUCAGAUUCUAUAUGAGUAUUGUGCAACCUAGAUUUCCACUUCUGGGAAGGAUUACUGUUGCUAAGGAUUGUUGGAAUCUUUAUAUUAGUGAGAAGAAUAGGAUGAAAACUGUGUUCAAACAAUCGAAUCAAUCUGUUUGUUUAACUACUGCUCAUUACAUUGAUCAUGAUUGGAAAUUGCAAAAGAGGAUUAUCAAUUUUUGUCUUAUUAAAAACCACAAGGGAGAAACAAUUGGUAGAAAAAUUGAGAGAUGUCUUUUGGGGUGGGGGAUAUCUAGAGUGUUCACAAUUACUGUUGAUAAUGCUAGUUCUAAUGAUACUGUAAUAUCUUAUCUAAGAACUAGAAUGGAGGAUUGGAAUUUACAUCCUUUGAAAGGAGAGCAUUUGCAUGUUAGGUGUUGUGCACAUAUUCUUAAUCUUGUUGUUAAUGAAUCUAUUAGCAAGACAAGAAAUGCUAUUAGAUAUGUGCGUACUUCCCCUAGUCAUAUGAAUAGGUUCAAAAAUUUCAUUAAGGAAGCUAGGAUACAAGACAAGUGUACUGUUCAACUCGAUGUUCCCACUAGAUGGAACUCUACAUACACCAUGCUUGAAAGUGGUUUGAAGUUUCUAAAGGCGUUCAAGAGGCUAGGGGAGAGAGAUACAGAAUAUGCUCUAAUGCAAGGUGGUAUUCCGAGGAAUAUUGAUUGGGAUAAUGCAAAACACUUUAUGGAAUUCAUGAAAAUUUUUCAUGAUGUUACAAAGAGUGUGUCUGGUAGUUUUCUUGUGACUUCUUCUCAAUAUUUUCAUGAGUUUUGUAAGAUUUUGCGAGUGUUCAAGGCUUCUUGUGGUAGUCGAGAUCCAUUACUUGGGAAUAUGGCUGAGAGGAUGAGGCUUAAGUAUGACAAGUACUGGGGUAACAUAAAAAAUAUCAAUAUGAUUAUUCUUGUUUCUGUGGUUCUUGAUCCUAGAUACAAGUUGAAGUUUGUGAACUUUAGCUUUGAAAAGCUAUAUGAUAAGGAUGAUGUUGAUUUUUUUGGUGCAAAAGUGAAAGAGACCUUCUCCAAGAUAUUUGAAUGCUAUGUGAAUGCAAAUAAUGGGGGUAGAUCUUUUACUUCAGCAACAAUGGAUGGUGCAUCAGAUGUGGGAGUACCUAAUGGCGACAUGGCUGGUGAUUUUUUCAAGGAGGUGCAUUUUCAUGAGAUCAUCAACAAGAAUGAGGUGGAUUUGUAUUUGAUGGAUGGUUUAGAGAAGCCUCGUGAUCAAAAUACUUUUGACAUAUUGAAUUGGUGGAAGACAAUUGAGGCAUUGAUAUGCACACAAAAUUGGCUUCAUGCUUCUUCAAUGACAACUGAUUUUGAGGAGCUUAUUAAAGAGUUUGAGAGACUUGAAUUAGAAAUUGCACCAACCGGAGAAGAUGAGGAUGAGUCUGGUGUGGAUUCAGAUUAG